AUGGAUCGCUUAGAAUAUAAUGUCGCAAAGUUGAACGAAGGUGAAUCUUUUGUAAUAAGAGAAAAAAAUGUGAGAUUAUAUGACGGCGAUGUAAAGACUAAUUUUGAAGGCGGUGAAAUAGUUCUUACAAGCCGGCGAUUAUUUUGGGGAAGGCCAGGCGAGAUUCCCAGAGGCCAAACAUGUAUAACACUGCCAUUAAAUCUUGUCAAGGGUAUCGAAGAAGCUUCUGCUGGGGUUUUUGGUUUCAGCAGAAGCAAAAAAGUUAUACUUCAUUUAUCUCCAGCAUCUCCCAACAAAGUACCUGGACCUUCUGCAAGCAGUUUAUAUGAUUUCAUAAAACUUUCAUUCAGAGAAGGAUAUUCAUCUGAAUUUAUUCCAAGUUUAAAUGCAACUUUAGAAGCCCAAGAAUGGAGUGUUCUUAAAAAUGUUUUUACACUUAUUAAUUCCUUUGCUAGCUCUCCUGCGCCAGAAGUUAAGAAGUUACCAAAUAUCAAAACCCGAACUGGGAUAGUAGGAAUAGAAAGAAGUUUACAAGAAAAACAUAAAGCCACAGAUGAAAAUAUUAACCAAGCUUUUCAAGAUUUAAAUAAAUUAAUGACGAUGGCAAAAGACAUGGUCAAUAUUAGCAAAAGCAUCAGCCAAAAAAUUCGUGAUCGGCAAGGUGAUAUAACACAAGAUGAAACUGUAAGAUUUAAAUCAUAUUUGUUAAGCUUAGGAAUAGACGAUCCAGUAACAAGAGAUGCAUAUCAAAGUGACUCACAAUAUUUUAAAAAGCUUGCUAAUCAGUUAAAUGAGAUAUUAUUGCAACCAAUUGAAGAAAUUGGUGGUAUGAUGUCUUUAUCAGAUGUCUUUGUUCGAGUUAAUAGAGCUCGUGGCUUAGAAUUACUUUCUCCUGAAGAUUUAUUAAGUGCUUGCAGAUUAUUGGAACCUCCAUUAAUGCUUCGACAAUUUCCUAGUGGAGCUAGUUUACAGCUGGAAAGCCAUAGUGACAUAUCAGUGAUAGAUAGCACAUUAGAAGCUUUGGAGCAGAAUGGCUUUUUAACCCCACAAUUAUUAGCAGAUAUCAUAGGUAUUCCAAUUCUGCUAGCUCAUGAACGUUUGCUUACAACAGAAUUAGCAGGAAAGGCAUGCAGAGAUGAAUCUUUAGAAGGAUUACGAUUUUAUCCUAAUUUAUUUUUAAAAAAUGAAGAAUAGUAAACUUCAAUAUACUAUUCAAAAAUAAUAUAUAAAUCAUACUACUAAAUAGAAAUUAUAAUGAAUUCAUGUAGGU